AUGGCCCUCCUUUUCGAGAAGAUUCCUCGCCUCCUCCGACAUUAUUCAUACAGUUCUGUGUGGAUACCGUUGAUCUUCAGCUCUAAUGUAAUCAUUGGCCUAAAUACUAACAUCAUCGCUUUUUUUAACCUGUUAGAAUUGGCUAUGAGGAGGAAUCCAAAAGUGGCUAGAUACCCUGGACUCGUAUGCCUGUUGGCGAUUACUCUUCUAUUCUUUAUUUCAAUUCCGCUACAGACUCGAAUAGGUAUAAACGUAGUGCUGGUGAUUUGCCGGAUCUACUUGAACAUGCUAUCAACGUUCAUCGCCAUAAUCGAAUGUUGUGUAUUCGUAAUACUGUACGGAAUACACAGAUUCGGGGAAGAUAUUCACUUCAUGCAAGGUGUUCAGACAUCGAUUUACAUGAAAAUUGGUUGGGUAUUGUCCUGUGCGUUUCUCGUAUAUGGCUUUUGCGGUGAACUUCACCAUCGAUGGGAGAGCACAGCUCUAAUUGAUGUCCUGGGGCGCUAUUUGCUGGCGACGGCGGUUGCCGUCAUUGCUUUAGGGGUUAUGAUAAAACUUAUAGCAAGCGCUUUUAGGAAAAAUUUUGCGGUGGUAGUCCGAUUGGACCCAACUUGGGGACCAAGGAGUGAGGUUCUGCAGCGAAGUCGGGCUAUGUUCACGGCUCAAGCGAUGACCAAGGAAUACAUGUACCGGCAGUACCACCUUCAGGCCGGCAUCACCGCACGGCAGAAAAGGGCAAACAGAUUCCGUUUCGAGGGCUUGCAAGAAGAAGUCAUUAACGCGUUA